AUGCAGAACACAUUCGAACAUUACAAAACCGAGAUUAGGCGUUUGUUCUUCUCGGAACAUUUGACCAUAUCUGCAAUUCAGGAAAUCAUGAGAAAGAAAUACGGCUUCAGUGAAUCAAUAUCAGCAUACAAGACAAAGCUGGCAGAAUGGAACAUGUUCAUCCCACUCUCAAGCAGCACCAGAAUCGGAAAGCAUCAACAUCUUUUCGGCAACAGAAGCCGACCCGAGCGUCUGUGUAAAAUCCCGAGGGUUAUUCCCCGCUCAGUUCCCUUGACACCUCCAUUGAGCCCUCCAGCUUUAAGGCAUCAAAAUGGAAACGCUCGCAUCAAGCAAGAACGUGCCGCUCCUUGCUCGAUAUCUCUGAUCGUCCACUCGGGCGAGAAGAAAUCGAGAGACUCAUUCUACCAAGACGAAUAUAUCGUCAUCCUGGCGGAACUCCGUGGAAGACUUGGAGCUGCACUCGGUCGGGAAUCUGGUUGA